UCACUUCUCUGUUCUCUGCCAAACACGCCGGGCCACCCUCUCGCCCCGCCCCCGAGCCGACCCGGAGCCUGUUGGCUGCCUUCCGCGCAGGGUGAGAAGCCGGGCUGCGGAAGGAUGGACCCUGCGGCUGGCGGGUUCUCGGAGGAGCAGUUCCGGCAGAUCUGCGCGGAGCUCCAGCAGCCCGCGCUGGCCGGGGCCGACUGGCAGCUGCUGGUGGAGACCUUGGGCAUCAGCAUCUACCGGCUGCUGGACCAGCAGACUGGACUUUAUGAGUAUAAAGUGUUUGGGGUUCUGGAGGACACCCCGCCGGCUCUACUCGCAGACGUCUAUAUGGACUUAGACUACAGAAAACAGUGGGACCAAAAUGUGAACGAACUCUAUGAAAAAGAAUGCGACGGCAAGACCGUGGUCUACUGGGAAGUGAAAUACCCUUUUCCCAUGUCCAACAGGGAUUAUGUCUACAUCCGGCAGCGGCGAGAGCUGGACGUGGAAGGACGGAAGAUCCAUGUGGUCCUGGCACAGAGCAUCUCCCUGCCGCAGUUUGCCGAGAAGCCAGGCGUGAUCCGGGUGAAGGGGUACAAGCAGAGACUGGCGAUUGAGAGCAAUGGCAAGAAAGGGAGCAAAGUUUUCAUGUAUUACUUCGAUAACCCGGGUGGCCAAAUUCCGUCCUGGCUCAUUAACUGGGCUGCCAAGAAUGGAGUUCCUAACUUCUUGAAAGACAUGGCGAAAGCCUGUGAGACCUACCUCAAGAAAACCUAAGAAAGGCAACUGGGAGCCUUGCAUCUGUGGAACGAUGUCUCUGGAAGUGCCACAACCCACGAAUGCUCAGCCUUCCUUUCACUUUUCCAUCUUCAGAGGUGGCACACUCUCCAGCAUGGCGGCCCUGAGUGUGUGUGUGCCCGACCCCCACUUCUUUUUCCACUCUCUCUGCCCCAGAACCAGCUGCCUUCUUCCACUAUUGAAUAUGGGUCAGAUUAGGGAAACUUCUGCUUGUUUCUUUUUUAAAAGGGAAGUCCUCCGUAGGGAACACAGUCAUUCCAUUUUGCCGUUUUCCUUCUGGGGUAGGGAGGAUCGGUGGGUGGAAGAGUAACAUUAAAACACAAGAAUGACCCAUCUGGCCCAGCGACUCCAGAGGGCUGUUGGAAUUUGCAUUCCCUUCAGAGGUGACUCUCAGUGCACCAAGACUGGAAAACUGUGUUGAUGUCAAUUUGCCGUAAGCUUUGUGACUUGAUUUGGCUGGGAUAUGAGGUGAUAAUCCAGUAAGUCUCUGCCAUUCCCACUCGUGGAGGAUCAGAAGCUGUUUUGAUUUCAAACCAUUUUGAAAAACACUGUAGGCCUGACUAAGUACAUAAUGUGAUAAUCAUUUUUUUUCCCUCAUCAUCCACGUCUGGGUUUUUCUCUUUUCUGUAUGCUGCUGGGGAAAGGCUGUCCAUACCUCACCCGCUCUGCAUUUUACUGGAAACUGAGGCAUCAGGAUGGCUCUGGUAGUUGGCAGAAGCCGAGAUGCUUUGCACACAGCACUGUGAUAAAGUAUCUUUCUUUGUAUGCAAUAAGAUUGAUUUCCCUUCUAGAAUGUUUGGAGAUGUUGAGGAGGUAAUAGUCCACAGCCAGGGAAAUUCUAAUCAGUGGCCUGGCUGACUCUACACUUUUUUCUCAGGAAUUCUACCUAAGUUGUCUGCCUCUUGCACCACCAAAAGACUUCAAGUUUCCUAUGUUUUCUUCUGAAUUAUGGUAGGGCAAGAUAUUCUGUGGCACAGGCUUGAUGAUCUCAGGGAAAAAUUUUAACCACUAUGUGAUGGUACCAAACCUUGAUUAACGGGCACAGAAAUUCAGGAUGUAAAGCCAGAAGCAGGGGAUUUAUUGAAAUGAGAUACCUCAGACUGUAUGUUUUCUCUCUGCGAAGCAAAGUGUGUUGAACAACAAAUAAAUACAGAGUGGCUCAUACUGGUCCUGUCUGUAGCUUCCUUCCCAUCUUGUUCCUUUUGUGAGAAUGAAUUGAUUUGGUCUUUUUUGGUUUCCAGGUCACAUCCAAUCUAACUCAUGGACUUGAACUUGAAAAAGAAUCUUAGGCUCACUUACGUGCAAGGCCAGGCCUAGAGUUGCCUCAGGUAGGGGUUGAUACAGGCGCUCAAACCGACAUUGGAAUUCAGCUCUCUUCCCCAGGUUAUCUUUGAUGUUGGGCUAUGGUUGGUGGCAGGAUUACUGCUAAUGGAAAAAGGUAGGCCUGCAUCUUCCCAGGCUCACACUGAGCCAAAACAAAGAGACAGCGUUUCUUUCUAUUAAUCUCACACCAUCUUAUGAUUCCCUCUAACCCAUGUGCAGAUGCUUGCCCCAGUCUUUGUCAUGUGGAUAGAAUUAUGCAACUAAAUGAGUACUUCAUAAAUGUACCAUGACAAUACCAUUAUCAGUAAUCUAGCUGGAACUUAAUUUUAGAUAAACUAAAUUAAAUGCCUCAUGUUGGACAGAUCAGAUUGAAAUUUUAUGUUUAAACAUUGAAACACAACACUAAGAUUAUAGUCUGUGAGCGGAAAAUCAACAUGAAAUGGUGUCAGGCAAACCGUAAACUUAAAUGUUUGUUAUAGUGUUUGAUAAUUUGCUAAGAGCUCUGAGAGUACUAAGAAUACUGAGUUUCAAGGUAAGACAGAAAAAAAUACCGUUUCCCCCAAAAUAAAACCUAGCCAGAUAAUCAGCUCUAAUGCAUCUUUUGGAGCAAAAAUUAGUAUAAGACCCAGUCUUAUAUAAGUAAAAUAUAGUAAAAUACGACCGGCUCUUAUAUUAAUUUUGCUCCAAAAGACACAUUAGAGCUGAUUGUCCGGCUAGGUCUUAUUUUCAGGGAAACACGGUAGCCACUAAGUUUGCUAUAAUUAGUUGAGUGAUGGCUGUUUUGCAUUCAUUCUUGCUAAUUUGGAGAAGAAGACAGUCGUAUGCAGCACUGAAAUAUGAGGUUAUGUGGGAAACAGAACCCUUGAGCCAGAGGCACAAACAAUAUAGAACUGGAGGUUGCACCUGAGUUUUCAGAGUAUGCCUUAUAGGAGCUGAUUGUAUCAUUUGGAAUUUGAAAGUAAUAAAUAUAUUGCCAUUC